AAAAGGUUAUCAGAAAGGAAGUGUAGAAGUUAUUGCACUUACAGUACACAACUUAGAAAAAGGACGAGAGAGUUGAAAGAUGGUCGCAUACAGAAAAACAACUUAUUUCUACAUCAUCUGGUUUUGCCACAUUUUAGGUCCUGAACGCUUUAGUGAUGGAUACAGUUUUGGUACAAGACAGCUUUCAGUUAAGAGUGGAGGAUCAGUCACUAUCCCAUGUUAUUAUGACAGGAAAUACACACAACAGAAGAAAUUCUGGUACUCGGAAUAUGAUAGCAUUCGCAUUUACACAAACACUACAGCUGGAGAUGUGACAGUAAUUGAUGAUCCUGCUCAGAGUCUUUUUACUGUGACUAUGAGAAACCUGAAGGGUGAACACAAUGGGACUUAUUAUUGUGCUGUGAAGACUGGUGAACAACCAGGAGACAUGACCAUCACAGAUGAGCUUCAUCUCCAUGUUAAACCUGCUCCUGAUGUCUCUGUGAUGUCCAGCAGUGUAACUGUAGAUGAAGGUGGUAAUAUCAGUGUACAGUGCCUCUACAACACUAAAUAUAAGAAUAAAAACAAACAGUGGUGCAGAUAUAAAGACAAGAGAUGUUACACAUCCCAGAAUGCAUCAGUUGAGAUCAGUGAUGAUAUGAGAGGAUCUUUGACUGUGGUGAUGUCUGGACUGAUGAAGAGUGAUUCUGGCUGGUAUUACUGUUCUGUAAAUGUUCAACAGCCUCCUGUUCAAGAUCUACAGGUUCCUGUACAACUCACAGUCAAAGCAGCUGCAACCCCAGACACCAGCACUGAAAGCAUCAAAACUGAAACAGAAAAUAAUACAAAAAAUACCAUACCAGCAGUAAAUGAACAACAACCGAGUGCAGUGCCGCUGUGGCUUCCAGUUUCUGCCGGGCUCCUACUGCUUAUGAUUCUGGUUGGUGUUUUUAUCUGGAAAUGGAAAAGGAGAUCUGAUUCCAACGUAACUUACUGUGUUGUUGAAGAUCCAUCUGGGCAUAAAGCACAGGUUACAGCAGAUGGCACCCUUUACAGCACUGUAGAACCUCACUACCAGAACCCUCAGAAACAAUAAGUCAUCACAGCAUGUCUUUUUCUUGUUUCUUAAUUUUCUAAAAUCUCAAGACUUUUUAAACAGUUCAGCAGCUCUGCUUAAAGGGAUAGUUCGGCCAAAAAUGAUAUUAAACCCAUGAUUUACUCACCCCGAAGCCGUCCGAGAUGCAUAUGUCCAUAAUUUUUCAGACGAACACAUUUUCAGUUAUUUUAGAAAUUUUCGGUUAAUCAAAUGUGAAGUUAUGGGGUCUACGUCCUAUUAGUCCAAAAAAUGUGCAUCUAUCCUUCACAAAAUAAAUCCAAACGGCUCCACGAUGAUAAACAAAGGCCUUCUGAGGGUAAUCCGUGCAAAAUAUCCACAUUUAAAACUUUAUAAACGAAAAUAACUUGCUUCCGGUAAUGCCGAAAUCUUAGUCGCGUCCGCAUUCAAGAUGAGAGCUUUACGCAGCUUACGGAGGUUUCUCUGCUGCUGCUCUGUGCCCCCGCCCUGAAGCCGUUUGGAUUUAUUUUGUGAAGGAUGGAUGCACAUUUUUUGCACUUGAAGGACGUGGACCCUGUAACUUCACAUUUAAUUAACUGAAAGAUCUAAAAAAU